AUGGAUAUCGAUGCCACCGGCAGAGAAACUGUCGUGGUACAAGGACUGAAAGACCAAUGCACAAAAUUCGAAACCCUCCUACAGCAAGCAGAGACUCGGUACAUCCGGCAGGGGCUCCAGUUUCACUGCAUGACCCCAUCGAGCGACUGGCCUCUGGGCCAGGUGCGCCAAGUUAGAGCAGUAUUUACUGUGACGGAUGACUACAGCCUUGAAGCUGCAUCCGGCAACAAAUUUGUCACGAGGCUUGAACAUCUCCAUCGGCAGCUGGGAAUAGCGAAAGGUUACCUUGAAGCUGAAAAUCUCCAGAACUUGCAAGAUCUGCUCGACAAAGCUGCUGCAGAGUUCACCGCAUUCAACACUGACUUGAGCAACAUCGAUUCUAUCGCAAAGGAACUGGCUGCUCUAUCUGGCCUUCGUGACCUGUCUGUGGAUAACAAGGCUAAGCCUGAGAACGAGCCCCAUGAAUUAGUUUUCGUGCCAACAAAGCCCUCUGGUCGUGGGUGA